GCGCGAAAAUACAGUCGUCUGCUUUGAAGAGAGCGAUGUGUGAAAGUUGUGUAAGGGUGUGUGGUAUUUAAUGUUGCAGUGAUCUUACUGUCACAUUAUUUACUACUAUAGAGUGUUUGACAGUUGGACCAGGUGGUCUACACUGUGGCUAAAGAGUGUGGUGCUGAAGAAGAAAUAAAACAUUAGGAGCACAGUCUUGUGUAUAGGUGACAGUAGAGGGUACUUUUGCACAUAGUUGCAACACGGAAAGACACCUUUUGUAUUUAUAUUGAAACAUUUUACAGUGGUAAAAUGCAGAACAGCAUGUCACCUGUCUUGUCAGUAACAAAAUAUAAACUUUUAAAUAGUCCCCACUCUAAUCAAAGAAGGCACUCUCAUCUAAAGAAUGACAGCAGUGUUAAAUACGGUGAAAACAUGGAAAGGACCAGAGACAGAAGGAAGUGCAAGACUCGUUUAUUUGAUGAGUCACUUGACAAGUUAAAACCAGAAGAAAUUUCCAAGCUAAUUAAUAGGGAAGAUGAUGUUUCUUCAGAAAAGAGCUCAUUAGAUUGUAAUCAAAUAGACAGUUCUUGUCCUAAUGUAAAUGAGACGUUAUCUCCAUCUAGAAAAAAUACUCCUCGUUCUUGUAAGAAACGUAAGUGUAUUUGUUGCAUCACAGAAGGAGGAACUCCUUAUAAAGCUGAGAUAGAAGAGAGAACAGUUUCUGAACAUAAUAAUUCCUCAGUUUUGGAGGUCACUGGAGCUAUGUUUUAUUCUUCUCCAACAAAAAUUAAUGUUAGAAUGAAUGAGAGAAGCCCCUCCAUAAAAUAUAAUUACCAUAAUGGGGACAGUUCAAAAUCUGUUUCUAGUCCUGUUAAUAUGAAAUCAAAGCGUGUAAAAAAUAAUAUUGAGCUAAAGAAAUGGAAGUAUGCAGAAGAUUCAAAUGAAAAUGAAGAGGUGAAAGUACAGAAAGAUUUCCAAGAAUCCAGUUGUGCUGAAUUAAAAGACAUGCGAAUCUCUCAGAAAAUAUCAGAUGGGUCACCGAAAUCUUCAUCCAAAAGUCAGCGACUGAAAAAAAGAACUACUACUCAUCGUGACCCCAGUUCAGAUAUAGAAAACUCUGACAACACAGGGGAAGCAAUGAAGGAAAAUAUUACCGUUGGAAAAAAGCCACCGAAGAAACGCCGUCAGUCAACACACGUGCAAGAAAAUCUGGUAUGCAGUGAUGUGUCAUCUCCAAGCUGUACUCUUAAGCUUGCUAUGAGUCGGCUACAUGUUUCCUCAGUUCCCAGAAGACUGCCCUGCCGGGAAACCGAAUUUGAUAAUAUUUAUCGAUUUGUGAAGAGCAGACUCAGUGAUGGAGUUGGAGGGUGUAUGUACAUCAGCGGUGUCCCAGGUACGGGCAAAACAGCAACUGUGCGCUCUGUGAUGAGAGAGCUACAAAUGGAAGCUCAACGAAGCAAACUUACAAACUUUAAGUUCAUUGAAAUAAACGGACUUCAGCUAACAGAACCAAGACAGGCAUAUGUUAGAAUUUUAAAAGAGCUGGGUGGUGAGAAAGUGACCACACAAACAGCUCAAGAGAUACUUGAAAAGAAAUUUACAAAACCAAGCAAGAAAGACUUGCCAACAGUUCUUUUAGUUGAUGAGUUGGACAUGCUCUGUACCCGGAGACAGGAUGUUAUCUACAAUAUGUUGGAAUGGCCUUCUGUAACUGGUUGUCGCCUCAUAGUAAUUACCAUAGCCAAUACCAUGGAUCUGCCAGAGAGACUUCUCAUGGGUCGAGUUACUAGCCGCCUGGGCUUGACAAGACUCACGUUCCAACCGUACACCUACAAGCAAUUAGAAGAAAUUGUUAAGGCACGGCUUUUUGGUGUGGAUGCAUUUGAUGCAGAUGCUGUUCAGUUUGUUGCCAGGAAAGUGGCUUCAGUAUCUGGUGAUGCAAGGCGGGCAUUAAACAUAUGUCGAAGAGCAACUGAGAUUGCUGAAUCUGAUAUUCUGCUGACAACAUGUACAAAUAGCCCAAGAAAGAAUAGUUCUAUGGUAACUAUGAAACACAUUGACAAAGCACUGCAAGAGAUGUUUUCUUCACCCGUUGUUCAAAUUAUAAAAAAUCUUAGUGUGAUGGAGCAGUUAUUAUUAAAAUCUGUGGCCGCUGUUGUGCAGGACACAGGCAUUGAAAAAUGCACCUUCAAGAAGGUGUAUACCUAUUUGAGAACACUCUCCACAUUUGAUGGGAUAUCAGUGCCCUCCAGCACGAAGACUUUAUCAAUUAUAGCCAAACUGGGGUGUUAUGGUCUUCUACUGACAGAACACUCGAGAGCAGACAUUUUUCAGUCAGUUAUGUUGAAUAUCAACUCAGAUGACUUGCAUUUUGCUCUUCAGACCAAUUCUUAAUAUACCAGUUGAAUACAAAUUGGCUAUUGAUAUUAUAAAAAAGAAAAUGGAAGGCUCUGUUGUAAAUUUGCUGUGAAAUUUUAUUUUUUGAUAACAUUAGUUUUACUGUUUUAUAUCAUUUAUUACUGUGCUAAAAUAAAAU